GCUACUCGACAUAGAUCCGCGCGAAUCGGUACUCCGAUCGUUUUGUGUUUCGUUCGCAGGCACAAAACAGUGACAUUUAGGAGUAUUUAACAUUAUCACCGCAUCAAUCCAAACACAGUCGAAACCUGCUUCGUUUGGUUACUUCGUUUUAGUUGAAAUUGGACACCGCUGAUGUUUCAGCGUCCAUGUCCUCCUUUAGACUGUGCUGCGGAGUGAUACUCCACUGGAACCGACAAUGUGGAGGUUGUUAAAAUGUCUACUUGGGAAAUGAAAUGGUAACAAUUUCUUUAACAACAACGAAACGGAGUAACACAAGAGUUAUGGUUCGUGUUGGAGACCUGUUUUCAGUUUCGUGACGAAGACAACAACGAGACGAGGCGGCGGAGGAGUCGUUCAUAUUGCCUUUUCUCAUCUUCAUCAAACCCACCGUCCGGACCACGGGGGAAGGAUCCUAUCCCUAACUUUGUUUUUCUCUAUACUCCAGCCGUUCGUUUCUCCCUGUUGGAUGCCACAUUAUUAAAUCCAGUCGCUUGCUGAGACUGAAAGGGCCAAGUGAACAGCAGCAGAGAAUGGCUGCAGUGGAAACAGACAAGGAACUCAGCGACUUGCUGGAUUUUAGCGCGAUGUUUGAGCCUCCAGUUUCAAAUGGCAAGAACCGGCCGACUACUCUCGCCAGCAGUCAGUUUGGAGGUUCAGGUAUAGAUGAGAGGAGUGGGUCCAGUCCCUGGGGACCAGGAGAACAGAACAGUCCAUCGUUCAACCAGGGAAGGGGUUAUGGAGAAGAAGGCCUUUACAGUGAACAAGAAGGUAUGGCCUCUGCCCCCAUAUUUGGAUCAGGGAUUGUUGGGAAGGCUGAGCGAGGACCAUACUCGUCAUUUGCAGCACAGCCUGGCUUUUUGCCCAGUGAGAUACCCAUGCCCAGUCCUGAUCCCCUCUCCCCAUCUGGCCUGAAGCCCAACUCCCAGUUUUAUUCCUCCUAUGAGGGGAGCAACCCUCGCAGGAGACCCUCACAGGACCCCAUUGAACCACAGCCAAAAAAGAUCAGGAAGGUGCCCCCCGGCCUACCCUCCUCGGUUUAUGCAUCAGCCUCAGGAGAGGAUUUUAACAGGGACAGCACUGGCUACCCAGCCUCCAAGGCAGGAAACGUCUACCCACCACCAUUCUACAUGCAAGAAGGCCUCCACCCGCCCUCCGAUCCAUGGGGCUCUGCCGGGUCGAUGGUUCAGCCUGGUUUUUCUUCCAUGCUGGGCAACUCCCCCCAUCUGAGCCAGCAUGGUCCCUUCACUGCCAUCAACCCCCAAGACAGACUGAAACGGCAGCCGCUGCCCCUCUCUCCACAAAACUACCCCCUGCAUGGCAGUGAGGUGAACGGGGCUCAUCCCGCUGGCUUUCACUCCAGCUCCAGCAGCUUUGGAGUCGCCAGCCACACACCCCCCAUCGCUGGAACUGACACCAUUAUUGCCAAUCGGGGAGCAAUACCUGGAAGUUCAGGUGAUGAGAUUGGAAAGGCCCUGGCAUCUAUCUAUCCUUCAGACCAAAACAGUAACGCCUUCCCUCCGUCCCCGUCUACUCCCUCUGGCUCUCCUCAGGCUGUAUCAGGCUCUGCAUCCCAGUGGACUCGGUCCUCUGGCCAGGCCACACCUUCACCUAAUUUUGAGGGGGGAAUUCAGUCCAUGCAGAGUAAAUUGGAGGACCGUCUGGAUGAAGCCAUCAAUGUUCUUCAGCGUCACGCCAGCGGGCAAGGAGGUCCAGGGCUGGCUGAAAUGCACAGUCUGCUCGCGUCUGGCUUAGGCCUACCUCCAGGCUUCAACAGUGCAGCACUUGGACUGGCCAGUCGCCUGCCUGGACUGCUGUCCAGUCACCGUGAUGACUCAGUUGGUCUGCCCUCUAGUGGAGGACUUCUGCAUAGUCACCAUGGCCCCACAUCUGUCCAGCCAGGCUGUCAGCCUGAACGUUUUACCGGCCUGCCUGGCAGCCUAAAUCGUUCCAGUGGUGCAGAUAUCAAACAAGAGGAGAAGGAGGAUGAUGAGAACUGCUCCAUCACAGACAAGUCAGAGGAUGAGAGAAAAGACAUGAAGGCCCGCCUUGGAACAAGUCUGGAUGAUGAGGAUGACGAUGAAGAUCUACCAGUGGAGAUUAAGGCUGAGCGGGAGAAAGUGCGGAGGUUGGCAAACAACGCCCGCGAACGGAUACGUGUGCGGGACAUCAACGAGGCUUUUAAGGAGCUGGGCCGCAUGUGUCAGCUCCAUCUGAGCUAUGAGAAACCACAGACCAAAUUGAUCAUACUGCAACAGGCCGUUAACGUUAUACUCAACCUGGAGCAGCAAGUUCGAGAGCGUAAUUUGAACCCAAAGGCUGCCUGCCUCAAAAGGAGAGAGGAAGAGAAAGUGUCGAGUGUGGACCCCCAGAUGCAGCUUGGUGGGGGUACCCCUGGUUUAGGAGGAGAUGGACACAACCCUGUUAGCCAUAUGUAAUUCUCAGUUCCUGUUGAUUAUACAGCCCUUAGAACAUGUGGCCUUAAUCUAUCGUUGUCAUGCAUCUCAGUGUGUGUUAAUCAACUUUUGGGAAGCACACACAAAUAUAUACACACCUCAUUACUGACAAAGCAGGUGGCCACAUUCCUGACGAAGAAGCACACUCAUACAGAAAGAGAAAAAAGAAGUAUUACUCUUUACAUGACAAUACUUCGAACCGAGAACACUGGUUUGGAGACAGUGGAAAUUGGACAUAAGGAUGUUCUUCUGAUCAUGUUUUUGUAAGACAUUUUGAAAAAUUGCUUUACAUGUUGGGAGCAAAACUUGUUUGGAUCAAAUAAAACUUUUGGAUCAAUUGCUCAUGUGAGCAGAGUAAGGAUUUGUAUCCUUGGAUAAUUAUUGGCAUUCCCAUCUGAAAAGAAGGUCUUACAUUCUGCAGAAGCAAAGACGGACACCUGGGUCUGUAUGUUAUGACUGAACAAAUACCUGUUUAAAAAUUUCCCUGAAACAGGCCUAAUGCAUAGUGUUUGGUUAAGAUAAAAGUAGCCAUCAUCGCUAUCCACUAAUGCGAUGACUGAAUUACAGAGGUAGGCUUGGAGACAUCCUGCCACUGACUUGUCAAUCAGAGAGCUGACUCUUCUUUUUGAUAUGCUGGUAAUUGUGGCUGUAUUUUCUCGUAAUUUCUUGCUUUGACUGAAAAGGUGCCACAGUUAGUGACUCACAUAUGUGGUGGGAAAUAUUUUUGUUUAUUUUGAACCGUGGAUCCCUGGUUCUUGUCUCUUUAAGUCCUGUACAUGUUUUAUUGUCACUGCCAUGCAAGUGGAAUGGAAAGACUGCCGGAGAGAGACCCGCUGAUGACACAAACACAAGCAAAGACUCUUUACAGAUGCAGAAUUCAUGGUGAUGUUGAAUCAAAUGUGCACACGGACAUCCCAACCUUCCCUCUGUGAGGCUGCCGUUGGACUCAAGCAUACAGGUGUCGUCCUCGCAUCUUAAACCAUCAUGAAGUCAGUCACUCAGCCUAAGUCUCAGCUAUGUGGUCAGCAUGAACCAUCUGAUUAAUACAGCCAGUGUCACAUCAGCCUGCCCACAUCAAAUCAUACGUAAAGACACUGUUACAACAUGGUGAACUUACUUAAAGUAAGUCUCAGAGUAAUUUCUGUCAUGGUAAAUAACAUUUUGCUAGAAGACAGAAAUAACUGUGUAUUGAAGGGGUUGUGAAUGUUAUUGCCACCUUCGCCAUUGACUGACUUGUUCUGGUUUUUGCUCUGUGUUGAGCAAUUGGGUUUUUGUUUAUUUUUCCCCCUUUUGAACAAUUGCAAAGCCUGUUGUAAGGAUCUUCCUUUCGUAGAAUUGGUUUAAUGUUUUUUUUUUUUUUUAUUAGUUUAUUUUUUACUUUGUAAGAUAGUUGUAUGAGUUUUUGUUUUUAUCAUUUGGAUUGCUCUUUCUUUUUUGUUUACAUUGAUUAAAUGUAAGACAACUCUCAAUUUAGAUUCCAGGAACAAAGUGAGGUGUUUUCUUUUGUGCCAGGUGCUUAGAAAUGUUAGAAAUGACAAAAUGAUCUGGCUGUAACAUCACAUGUUGUGAUAUUGCUCUUUUUUUUUUCUUUUUUUUUUAAAUGCCUGUUUGAACACAAACCUGUCAGGCCAGUUGUAAUUAGAUUGUUCUGGUGUCUGCGACAGUUUUUCUUUGCAUGAAACACAAUAUUUUUUCUUCAGCACACCUCCCUCUCCUCUACCUGAUGUCCAGCUCUGUGAUGAGCUUGUUGCUUAGUCUGAGGAAGGGGCAGAAGGGGCGGUCUGCAACAUAAUUCAAUGUUUCAUUAUGAUAUGAAGCAUAAAAUGAAUCAAAAAGGGUGGCCUUAGUCAUUUUCCUGACUUUAGGAUUUUUGAUAACGGUUACUCACCAGUGCCUGAAUUAUUCUCUGCUACAUGGUGGAUGAUGUUGCAUUUAAGGAUUUAUAGGUCAUACCUUUUUUAUAAUACAGAUGUAUAAAAACAUAUAUACUUCAGUACCAUCUGACAGUGUCUCAAAACAUCUAAAUGAAGAAUUACACCCAUUGGCGCUGUCUGCUCCAGUGUCUGUGUUGCAUUAAAUGUAAGUUGACUAAUGACCUGGUCUACAACUUUGACACUGUAAAACUACUUAAAGUUUCUCCUCUUUCACAUACUGAUUCUGUUGAAUAUGAUUUUGUCCUUGACUGGCGUGUGCGUUUAUGUAUGUACAGCUAUAUGAUAUGUCCUUAUCAGCUUUAUCACUGCAAGCUGAUACUGAAAUGUAACAGUAUUUGGUUUACCUCUACCUGUAAUUUCUUCACAAAUCUCCACCCAUGGACUAGCCCCAAACAUUAUUUUCUGUCAGUUACUCUAGCCUUUCUGCAUGAAAACGUGGUGGUGCCGUGAUAUGGAAAAUCGCUACUGAAUGCUUGUGCUUUUAUUUCUUUACAUGAAAGAUGUGUAUGUCUCUACAGUAUCAAGUAUCAAAACAUACACCUGACAUUCUUUGUUAACAAACCCUUUCUGUCCUCCUCACCAGGUGACCUGCUACAGAUCUCUGUCCUCACUCAUGUUUGGGGACAACAUCUAUGUAGGCUAUGUCCUCAAAGUGCCUCCAGUUUCCUAUUUUUUAUAUAUAAAGUAGAUACCAAGAACUGUUGCGUCUAUAACAGUAAUGUAGCAAUAAAUGUGCCAUUUUUAAUAACAAA